AUGACUAAAAAACAGUCUUCUUUGUCGAAAUACUUUCGUGGCAUCAAAGAUUCUCCGCGAGAAAUCUUCAAUCGGCGGCUUUUUCUCACAGCUUUUGCAUUUGCUCUUGGAGGAUGUGCUAAAGGAUGGGACGAAGGAUCCGCCGCCGCUAUCACUCAACUGUCGUCAUUUCACAACGCGUACCAUCUCGACGAUAAUUCCAUAUCAAAUGUCGUCUCCCUCGUCAAUCUGGGAGCUGCAGCCGGUGCUCUUCUCUCAUUCCUCUUGAAUGAUCAAAUCGGUCGAAAGAACUCUCUACGUGUGUAUCAAGUCGCCUACAUCAUCGGCUCCCUCAUAUCCUGUUUCUCGCACGGCCAUUCCGGGGCUCUGUAUGUUGGUCGCAUUGUUGCCGGGCUAGGCAUCGGAGCUUUAUCAGUGGUCUGUCCGAUGGCAAUCUCGGAAAUUGCCCCCAAAGCCGUGCGAGGUCUGAUGGCAUUAUGGUUCAAUAUAUGCAUGCUAGCAGGUCAAGCCCUAGGCGUCUUCAUCGUCUACGGCUGCUCCCGUCACAUCGCGGACACAAAGGAUUUGCAAUAUCAAAUUCCGUGGUUUGCUCAGACAUUUGCUCCUGCUAUCAGUAUUCUGCUUUCGGUAUUCGUGGUCGAGUCUCCUCGAUGGCUCCUCAUUGACCAGAAACAUGACCAGUCUCUUAACGCGUUGGUGCAGCUUCGGGGCCUACCAUCCGACGCGGAGAUUGUGGCUACUGAAUUCUCAUCUAUGGCAUUGCAGAUGGAAGAUCGUGAAGCAGGGCUUGGGAAAGCCAGUUCGACACAAAUUGUACGAGACACAUUUAUGGUCAAGUCUAACCUGCGUCGUGUACAGUUGACUAUCAUUGUUUACAUCCUGGCGCAGAUGUCAGGAGCCAACGCCAUAACAAAUUAUCUACCAACUAUAUUCGGUCUGAUUGGAGUGACUAGCUCGGAUGUCAAGGUCUACUCCACUGGCCUGUACACUGUCGCAAAGCUAAUCUGCUGCGUGCUGGCAUCUCUCUUUUUUAUUGACAUCGUUGGGCGAAGAAAAUCUCUCAUGCUUGGGAUCUCCGUUCAAAUCGUCUGCCACUCGUACUUGGCCGGCUAUUUGAAAAUAUUACAACAGCGAAAUGGAAGCAUCGACAAGAGCUCCGCAGAUGCAGCGCUGGCCUUCAUCUAUGUCCAUGCAUUUGGGUGGGCUAUAGGCCUGUACAGUCUGCCCUAUCUGUUCGGUGCAGAGCUUUGGCCGAACAAAAUCCGUUCUUUUGGUGGUGCACUCUCGCAGUGCUUUCAUUGGCUUUUUUACUUCGCUAUUACCAAGGCCACUCCCGCUCUACUCAGUGGACUUCAUCAAUGGGGCGCUUUUGUGCUAUUCAUUGGUUUUUGUGUUCUAGCUCUCCUCUACACCUUUUUCAUGAUUCCUGAGACAGCCGGAAUGAGCCUUGAAGAGAUUAACCGAGUCUUCGAACGUUCAAUAUUUCUACUGGCUCGACCGCUCGAGCCAUCCGCGGAUACGGAGCAAGAACAGUAA